UUGCCGAAGUACUUUCACUUACCUCGCUGCGUCGGUUAAAAUAGUGGACUGCAUCAGAGCGCCUCGUAAUAUCGGAAACUACAAGUGCCUUUUUUUUCUUUACCGGGGCAGACAUGACACGGCUGAAGAUACUUUAUAUCAUUGGGACGCUGCUGAUAAUACAAAGCGUCGCCAUUAUAAGAGUUCCUCUUUAUAAAACCAGAAGCCUGCGCCGCCUGAUGAGCGACAAUGGGAUGUCUCUGGAGCAACUUCGAGCUUUGGCGAAGAGCAGUGGAGAAGCAGACGGCUAUCCCUCCCCGAAACUGCCUGUGGAGAGGCUGACCAACUUCAUGGAUGCUCAGUACUAUGGGCUGAUCAGCAUCGGCACCCCUCCGCAGGAUUUCACCGUGCUGUUUGACACCGGCUCCUCCAACCUGUGGGUUCCCUCCAUUCACUGUUCCUUCCUGGAUAUAGCCUGCUGGCUUCACCAUCGUUACAACUCGAAGAAGUCAAGCACAUAUGUUCAGAACGGCACAAAGUUCUCCAUCCAGUACGGCAGAGGCAGCCUGUCUGGCUUCAUCAGCGGGGACACUGUAACUGUCGCAGGUCUGCCUAUUCCUGGGCAACAGUUUGCUGAAGCAGUGAAGCAGCCUGGCAUUACGUUUGCUGUUGCGCGGUUCGAUGGGGUCUUGGGCAUGGCCUACCCCUCCAUAUCAGUGGCUAAUGUCGUCCCGGUGUUUGACACAGCCAUGGCUGCCAAGCUGCUGCCUGAGAACAUCUUCUCAUUCUACAUAAGCAGAGACCCAAAAGCAACAGUGGGAGGAGAGCUGAUACUGGGUGGGACAGAUCCACAGUACUACACCGGAGACGUGCACUAUGUUAAUGUAACUCGCAAGGCCUACUGGCAGAUUAAGAUGGAUGGAGUUGAAGUUGGCAACCAGCUGACUCUUUGCAAAGCCGGUUGCCAGGCUAUUGUUGACACGGGAACAUCCCUAAUUGUAGGUCCUCGAGAGGAAGUCAGAGCUCUGCAGAAAGCCAUCGGAGCUCUGCCCCUGCUGAUGGGAGAGUACUUCAUUGACUGUAAGAAAAUUCCAUCUCUCCCUGUCAUCUCCCUCAAUAUUGGAGGGAAGAAGCUCAACUUAACUGGAGAGGAUUAUAUCAUGAAGGAGACUCUGAUGGGCACAUCAAUCUGUCUGUCCGGCUUCAUGGCCAUGGAUAUCCCACCUCCUGUAGGGCCCCUGUGGAUCCUUGGAGAUGUUCUCAUUGGGAAGUACUACACUGUGUUUGACAGGAAUGCUGAUCGUGUGGGGUUUGCCCCUUCCAAGUAGUUGCACAACGCUGCAUGUAUGAAAUAAGUUUCACUGCUUGUUUCUAGUGGUAAUUUGGCUUUAAAGAUGACAAAGUAAGCCAGUCAUCAUGGUUGUAGUGUAUCACUGAAAGGCCUGGCUUGCCACAGUAAUAUCUCACAUCUGCUUAGAACAAUGAUGUGGUUUCCAGUGAGUAAGUGUGGAUGCUACAUUAGUAACCUUUUCCACAUAUUUAGCAUGGAGAGCAGAUGUGUUCUGCCACUGAACAAAGGGACUGCUUCAGUUUCUUGCACUUGUUUGUGAAGCAGCUUUUGAUUUUUGAGCUUUAACAUGGCUUCUUUGAUAUGGCAGAAUUCAAUCAGAACUAUGCAUUUUGAUAUUUUUGUGCUGUUUAAUUUUUGUAAUUAAGAUGCUUUAGGGGAACAAAUGCACCACAAAAUGUUGAAUGUUAUUUUGUUUCAUUCCUAGCAACUGAACCACGCUUUUGUAUACUGAACAUAUCUCAGGAUGUUUCUUUUAACAUGCCUAUGUGAAUUUUAUUACCAAAUCUCACUGAAUAAAACAUAAUGUUAAUCAACUUUUA